UCGUACCUUCCUAUCGUUUGUUGUUGAAUCCAACAAUAAAAAAGCUACUUUUAUAGAUCACUAUCUACGACUGCAGUUGAUUUGGUCGCGCCGGAAAUUUCCCUCGAAUCUUAGGUCUCUGAAUCACAGCUUCGGUGCAGGGGGUGCGCUGCUUCGCUGAAGGAUCCCAACCUCUCCGCUUUCUGGUAGUGGCUGCGAUCGUAGAUGGUUAACAAAGUCCUCGUUUCUGGGCGCGCGGGCUCUGCUCCCGUAGUAUUAUCCCCUCGUCGGUGUUGCGCUCGAGGGUUUGCAGGACUUAAUUAAAGCUGCGUUUUUUAAGGCGUAAAUUAGUCGAGGCUUGGGCGGUUGGGUUGACCCCAGAGGCAUUAUAUUCGGCGGCGGGAAUAGGAGGCAGCAGCACCUCCUCGCCUCCAUACGACUGUCGUUUCUCUGUUCCCCGUCUCCCUAGCUUUUGAAUACGGCGUUGGGCUUCGAGAACCUCGAAUGCGGCGGCGAGGAAGGUUGGGAGAGCAAGCGUGCAGGUUUAGGAUAAGAAAGGUGUGAUCUUUCCGGGGAAAAGACGCAGUUGGGAGAGGGUUAUGAGGGUGGUGUCCUGCUCGCCGAUUGAGAGAGUCGGUGGUUGUCUCAGGAGCUCCUUCUUUUGUCGUGGAAGUAUGUCGUCUCCUCUGCUCGCUCGCAAGGGCCGCCACCAACAACGGUAUGACAACCAGCUCCGGCUUGUCGCAGGAUGUAUACCCUACAAGGUAAAAGCAGAUGACGGUAACCGAUCUGGUGAUCUGCUCGGCAGAGUGGAAGUCCUUAUGAUCACUUCUCCAGGUCGACUUGAUCUUGUCUUCCCGAAGGGUGGAUGGGAGAUCGAUGAGACUGCAGGCGAAGCGGCAUGCCGCGAAGCUAUGGAAGAAGCAGGAGUGAAGGGAAUUUUGAAUGAUACAGACUUAGGUGUUUGGGAAUUUAGAAGCAAGAGCAGCCAGAACAGUUGUACCAUGGAAGGAACUUGCAAAGGUUACAUGUUUGCCUUGGAGGUCACCGAGGAGUUAGACUGCUAUCCGGAGAAGGAUAACCGCGAUAGGAAAUGGGUGCCUUUGGGAGAAGCCUAUGAACUUUGUCGAUACGAUUGGAUGCGUGAAGCUCUUGAUUCGUUCAAAAACCUUCUGACAGAAAAACUUGUAUCUACUGUUCCCGACUUAUCGGUGUCGUCAAGCUUCUGCAUCGUAAAGCCUACUGCAGCUGAUCAUGCCAUAGCACUCUGCUGAUGGUUCCUCGUCCAUUCAAGCUAAAUCAGCGGCCGGUAGGAUUUGAAUAACACAUGUAAUUUUGUGAAGUACUUACUGUGGCAGUCUCAAUCACAGGCAUAUCUUGAAGUUGCUAUUGCUAAGACCUUCCAGGUGAGUCCGGGCAUGUAAGCUAUAAGUCUGCCCCUGACAAAACUUGGAACAACCAAUGGCUGUGAUUGAGAAUCCAAGCCAAUUUUUAGGUAAGUUUGGUCACUCAGUUAUCCAUGUUACUGAUUGCAUUGUGACUCUGUUGUUCCUGAAAUGGAUGUCAAGUUAUCCAUGUUACUUA